AACUCUGUCGAUUUGCCUCGAAAUGAUCAGAUUUUCGUUUUCAAAAAAGAUUACCGAUAAGUGAUAGAGGCCGAAGUGAUUGAUGAUAUCUGAGAUGACAAUCGCUUCAAUGGCAACGAAAAUUAAAAACUUCUGAAAAUAUGUAAGAGAACCAAUGGCGAGAUAUUUCACUUCACUUUAUUUGAAGGAGACUACCAAGGAUUCUUCGUCGUACUCCAAGGUGGCGCUCCAUAUUGCCUCUAUGAAGCAACGUUGUCAUCACGACACUCUGUGGUCAUUUGUGACCAGAAAGUAAGGAUUUGAUUUUCGGCUGGUUGCCCCUAAAGGGGACAAUCCACUGCCAGACGCCUUUAAAGGAAAUGGCAUUUGACGUAGCUGAGAUGUUAAAAAAGACCUCAGCUAAUUGCAUUGGAGCCACAGACUGGCGAAUUGGAGGUGGAUAUGAAAGUCUUAGACUGCCCUUGUUUCAUCUACUUUGAUACAAGAGGGAGGCUUUGGGGCCCAUUAGAAACCGCAAAACCGUAGAAAAAAAUUAUCCAAAACCGAAAAACCGAAAAAAAUUCGAUCAAAACCGAAAACCGCAUGUAAAAAUGACAAAAUCGAUAACUUUUCAUAUCCCAGUUAUUAAAACUGUUAUCGAUCCGAUACGGUGGUGACAAGUGGAGCAUACAGAGUAAACUACAUUAAUUUCAUGACAGGAUUUAUGAAUACCACGGACUUGGCAUUCGCAUCUUCUAGUAUCUCCUUAAAUUAACAGCUCUCGAGGACCUCGAGUGUGGUCUCUGCGGACUCAGCAGCUGGUAAUGAAGCCUAAUGAAAUUAAGGAAAUUCGCACAAACGUCCUCGAUAGGAUUGCAAUUUUGCGGUCGCAAAAAGCUAGAGCUCUGGAAAGUUUCACCGAAAAUCCCUGAUCUAACAUUUCCAUUUGCGAACUAAGACCUGAAAGUUUGGAGAUUCUAUUGGAGUGUUGAAUCAAUCAAUCACGUGUGGCCUCUAACUUGGUCACUAACUUCGAGGUGGCGUUGAUAAAGAAACUCUGGCGAUGAUCCGUGCUUAGCCGUACCUUGCGUGUAGCUGUACCCCCCUCCCCUCCCCCACCUUAGGGGAGGGGGAGGGUACGACUACACGUAGGCUACCUAGGGAUCCCUGUGAUAUUUCAAUUGGUUUGUCACGCGUUCCUCUCAGACUGUUAUGCCUUGUUGUUUAGCUAAUAAGGUGAAAUUUUUCUUCUUGAUACCGAAACAAAGACCUUUAGUUCAGGUCCCGCAGAAUCAUGUCCCGCAAACCAAGUGUCUUCUUUCGCGCGUGGAAUGAGUUCACAGACAAUUGACUUAUUUUAGGAUCCACCUAGUGGCUCUUUUGAGCCACUUGCCGGUUAGGUGUGGGGUCAGCAACCCCACCCUGGGAAAAACCAUACUGCUACAGAAACGUCAAUACAGGUUCAAACUUCGUCCCUGGAAGAGGAAGUACCUUCAUAAAGAAGACAUAUGAAGCCAUGUGGUGAAAGCCGUAAUUUCACGGAAGCCGUAGGGCCGGCGCUCUUUCUCUCAAACAGGGCCAUAAAGAUUAGUACAUCGAACGUAAAAACCAUGUAGGUGGGGAAGACCGCACAGGUUGCAGUAAAGAUGAAAGAAUGUCAGCUUUCUGUUUUAGGAAUUAGCGAAACCCACUGGAAGCAGUCCUGACAGAAAAGACUAACGUCAUCACAAAGAGCACCCAUCAGCAUCCUUCAGAACCGGGAUGAGCCAGAUCAAGAUGAAUGUCGUGCAGUGCUAUGCACCAACCAACGAUAGACGAUAGCGAAGAAGGAAGUAAAGACCAGUUUCACAACAGGCUAGAGUGCAUCGGAUGUCAAAAGGAUGUCAACAUAGUCAUGGGAGACUUCAAUGCAAAGAUUGGGGCAGGCAGUACUAGCUUCACAGAAACGAUGGGAACACAUGGACUUGGAAAAAUAAAUGAAAGCGGGGAAACUGAUAUUUUCUGACACCUGUGCUCUUCACAACAUAGUCAUUGGAGGUGGCAUCUUUCCAAGAAUACACCGCGAUCAACAAAGAAGUAAAGACAAGUGUCAUGCCGGAAAAACGCAGCUACGUAGAAAGACUAGCAGAGGAAGUAGAAGAUGCAGCAGCUGGAAGCAACAUGAAGGGACUCAACGAAACCACCACGAAAUUGUCGGGCAGAUAGUAUUCAAAAUUAGUAUUAGUGUAACCACCGUGGGAGAAAGCAGCAGAGUGAUGAAGUGGUACGUUAUUUCAGCGGUGUUGUGCAGUUUUGUGACUUUUUCACAUGCCGAGGAAUCGAAGACACAUUCACUCCUGAAGAUGCCAUCAAGAUUUACAUCCGUAGACAUCUCAGGUAGUAGAUAUCCAGACAAUUAAAUGUUCCGAUAAGCAAUAUUGUCGUGAUAAUCAAACAUGUUGUCUUGCUCUUGGAGUGCCGUAUGGAUGUUGUCCUUUACCAAAGGCUGUUUGUUGCCCGAAUAAAAGAACCUGUUGUCCACAUGGAUUUGUUUGCGUCGAGUAUGGAAAGAUUUGUUUACCGCGUUAUCAAAUAUCAAAGAUGGAGACCAUUCGUGUUGCUAAGAGAACACGGGUAGCGUUAAAGAAAAACACUGACAACACUUAUGACAAUUCUUGGCUCCGUGGUCGCUACUAAGUGAUAUGAAGUCUUCCUUUUUGUAAAUUACCGAAAUGGUAACGGAAGGCAGAAGCCCAUGGGCUCCUGCGGAAGGUUGAUUGCAAAAUGAAUACGUUUUCUGCUUGUUGUUGGGCUCGCCUAAGAAUAAAUAUACCUCCAGAACGACAACUUAAAUUUAAAACUUAUUGCAAAGAACAAAAUAGCCCUUGGAUAAAUGAUUAUUCGAUAUUAUUUGAUAUGGUUUUUCGAUUAUUUAGGUCAAUGCAAAUUCAAUUAUGAAAUUAUGUGUAAAUAUUUAUCUAGACAUAUAUAUGAUCAGAGAUAAAAUACGCGCCCCAGCUAGAAGAAUAUUGUUAAUUUUUUCUUAAUUUAAAUUGAAUUUGCACGGCUGCAACAGCUACCUGGCCAAAGAAAACUUCUU